AUGAUGAAGAGACACGUGCUAUCGCGAAUACGACAUCGCAUUCAUCCAAGACAACUUCUACCUCAUCGCUAUGUUUCCUCAUCUUCACAUGGUUUUGGUUUUGCAACUUCAUCUCAUACCAUAGAGCCACUAAGGCAAAUACCAACCACAGGCGUAUCAGUAUUUGACAUACAGAGAGAAGUGGUGGAGAGAGAUGAACCAAGCAAACCUCAGAAUGAAGUCAUACAAUUCAUGUCGGCCCUAUCUUCAUUUGAUAUGGGUCGAAUAUUCAAUUCACUUGGAAAACUACAUAAACUAGCUUUUGACAAAAUCUUAAAUGUUAAUGGACAUAAAUAUCGACUAGAGACGUAUUAUCAAUGUCUACAGUUGACUUUGACAUUUUAUAUGAAGACUCAAUCAAUUGGAUCACUUGGAUUACUUAAGCAAGCUCAUACCGAUUUUAAUCUGGUAUCUGAAAAAUCUAAAAAAUAUGACAGAAUGCUUGAUGAUACUACGAUGGCGGAUUCAAUCAGAAUUUCGAUCCUUAUGUGUAUUCUACAUUCAUAUCAUGUAGCUGUGAGUUCAGAGAAGACUAGGAGGUUUGGUUCGUUGAUUUCAGAAUACUUUUUCAAAACUAUGAAACAGUAUGAUUUGAACAUACAGAAGAUUAGUGGUGAAUUGAAGGAAUUGUAUUUAGCAAUGGUUUUGAAAGAGCUCUGCCAGAAAGAGAAGAUUCCAUUUUUCGACCGUUUAGCAAUACCCAAGAAUGAUUCUAAUGUUAAGACGUCAAAUGUCCCCAUUACUCCAUACCUUAGUGAAUUUCAAACUAUUUCAUUUGAAAAUAUGGCAAAGUAUAUUGUUUCAAAUAAGUUCACCUGGAAUGGGAAAGUUCCUAGAGAUAUGAAACUCUUCGACUAUUACAACACAUUAUCCACAGAAGAUAGGAUUCGUUUUAUGCGAGAUUACACUGAAUUCAAUCAUGCCAAACAAUUAAAUGUCGAGGAGUACUCUGAUCUUAUAACCACUCCUGUUAGUAGUUUUCAAUUUGAAAGAAGGUCUGCCAAUAGUGUCGCUCAGAAAAAUCCCGAGAUAAUCAACAAAUGGAUAAUCGACACAUCAAACCACGUGAAUACUAUUCUUCAAACAAAUAAUCCAAAGACGGACGUUGAAAAGGUACUAUGUGAUCUCAAGCCUUAUCUAGAAUUAGCCAAUCCAACUACAUUGAUGAGUGUAUUGGUCUCCAAAAUAUUUUCAGAAUGCCUGGCAACCGAAGACAACCAUGCCCCAAUAUUCAAGCUCCGGCAGGGGAUGAAUCAGGUAUACCAUAGAAGUCUAAUGUCACCAUUAAUUCAGGACCAAGAAAGACGACGCCUUUAUCCAGCUCUAUCACAAUUCAAUAAGGAUAGAUUAACACAUCUGUUAACCAAAAUAUUCUUGGAUCAUGCAUCGAUUCCUAUCGAUAAAGAAAGAUUGGAAUUGUUAAACUCAUUCCACGAAUCUAUUCCAAAAGAAUUCAUGAAUCAAAGGCCAGACGGUACAUAUCCCGCAUUCAUCGCAUCUCGUCAUGAGAUGCAUAAGGAAUUCUAUGACUAUUACCUUAUCAAACCGCAUCCGAUCCUUCUUGACGAUUUAGGGAACCUCUUUAAUGAAAGUCACACAUCAAUCAAUUUUCCAAUGUUAUGUCCCCCCAAACCAUGGACGAAACCCGACAAUGGCGGGCUUUUAUUGGACGGAGGCCGUUUGGUGCCCAGGAAUGAUAAAUUAUAUUUUCAAUAUCUCAGACGAGCCAGUUUCCAAGGAGAAUUAGAUUUCGUCUAUUCAUCACUUGAUAAACUCGGAUCGGUAGCUUGGGCAAUCAAUCCCGAAAUGUUUGAUAUCUUUGUGAAAGCCAUGGAAUUUAAGGAAGGAUUCUUGAAGAUCCCACCUCCAAUUAGUCCAAAACCAGGCAAAAAGGCAACUUAUUAUGAACGGGAGAUAUAUAAAGCUAACACAACCAAAAGGAAUCUGUUGGAAGCUGCUAAGGAUGUGAUAUCGAUCUAUGCGGAGAAUGGGGAUAUGUUUUAUCAUGCUUUCAUGUUAGAUUUCCGGGGUCGGUGUUAUCCCAUGUCGUAUUUUUCACAUGUUAAUCUGGAUAUCAUUCGUGGGAUGUUGAUGUUUUGGCAUAGUAAGAAGUUGGGAGAUCUGGGGUUUCAAUGGUUGAAAUAUCUGGCAUCGAGUUUGUUUGGGAAUAAAGGAUUUUCAAUGGAACAAGCGAUUGAAUUUUGUGAUGAGAAUUUAGUUGAAAUUAUUGAUUCGGCAACCGAUCCGUUUGGUGGGAAUAAAUGGUGGACGAAAGGUGAUGAUCCAUUUGAAUUAUUGGCAUGUUGUAAAGAGAUUAAGAAGGUUCUUGAAUUUGAAAAAAAUGGCGGAAAGAUCGAGGAAUAUGAAUGUAGAUUACCAGCAAAUAUGGAUGGGUCAUGUAAUGGAUUGCAACAUUAUGCUGCAUUGGGAAAGGAUGAAAUUGGAGCUGCUGCUGUGAAUCUUUUGCCUCUGGAAACUAGAAAAGAUGUAUAUGUUGAAGUUAUGAACGUAGUAAAAACCAGAAUUGAAAGAGAUCUUGAAGACGAUUCUUUGGGUGAAGAGCAAGCCGGAAUUGCCAGAAACGCUUUGAAUAUCUUAUCUCGAAAAUUAAUCAAACGUCCCGUUAUGACCAAAGUGUAUGGUGUCACAACUAGCGGAGCCCGGCAACAGAUACAUGACGAAAUCAGGAGUCUUAUAGAUCAAGUGAAGUCCAACCCGGGAAAAUGGGAGAAAAGUUCACAUUCCUUGGAAAAUAUAGGGGCCUUAAAGGGACUUAGUUGGAAAGUUGCAGGUUAUCUUGGUAAACAAGUAUUAGACUCGAUUUCAGAAUUAUUUGUCAGUGCCGCGUCAAUCCAGGAUUGGCUAGUAAAUAAUGGUGAUCGAUUAAUGAAAUCAUAUGAUCUUCAAAGUGUAGACUAUAUCCGCAAAAACAUACCAUCUAGGAGAUCUUGUAUCUUCACUAGACCAGCACCAUAUCGGCCCAUUAUAUGGACCACGCCCAUUGGAUUUCCCGUUAUUCAGAUCUAUAGAAAGGAGACACUUACUAAAUCCAUGACUGAGCUUAUGAGUAUCACAGUCAAGUCAAGACUGGUUUCACUUAUAGAAACUCAAAAACAACGGAAUGGGAUUGCACCUAAUUUUAUUCAUUCUAUGGAUGCGGCACAUAUGCACAUGACGGCAGAUGCUUGUUUUAGGAAUGGGUUAACGUUUGCUUCGGUGCAUGAUGCGUUCUGGACGCAUGCUGCGGAUGUUGAUCAGAUGUCGGUGUUGUUGAGGGAGGAGUUUGUGAAGUUGCAUAGUAUGGAUUUGUUGGAGAAUAUGAGACUAUCUUUCGCUGAAGUGGGGAAGGAGAGUUUUCAACUUGUUUGGUUUGCUAAAAGCGAUAAUGAGGUUUUAUAUAGAGAGUUGAAAGAGAUUAGAAAAAAAAGCACAAAAGAGGAGUAUUUGUAUAAAGAAUUGGCAGAUCUUACAGAACGAGGCAAAGAGAGUAAUAUUUGGAAAUUGUUGGAGGAACAUAAACCGAAGUUAUAUUUUAAGCAAAUUGGAGGCAAAUAUGUUGAAUAUGGCGAUCCAAAUGCUGGCGAGCAUAGAACUGACGGGAACCGAUAUGUUCCGGUUUUGGUUCCUUUUGAGCCGAUUCCAGUUCCCAAGAAAGGUAAUUUAGACAUUACCAAAGUCAUGGAUAGCAAGUUUUUCUUCGCCUAA